UUGAGUUGAGAACCUCAAAAAGCAUUUCAUUUCAUUUAUUGAGCAGUAGUUUCUCUCCUGAUUUUACUUACAAGACUGAACAAUCUUCUUCAUCUACGCUCUCUAAGCACUUAAUUUCCAGGAGAGAAUACAAAAGUUGUUGUUUAGUGUUAAAACGACCACUAAACCGAGUACACAAUUUCUUCAUUAAUCAGAAGAGAAAAAGUCUCAGUUUUUCAAACCAACACCUUUCUUUUCAUACAUACAUACGUAGAAUGUAUUUAUUUAUUACGUAAUGUAAAUAGGUGCUCCUUGUUCUCAACUUAAAAUCUGUUUAUCUAGAGAUCUGCAUCUGAACAAUGAUUAUCACCUCGUAACAUAAUACGUGACAUUAUGUAAAGGAGUCGUAAAUAAUUUUUUUCCUGCGUAUUUACCCAGUGAAGAUGCCUACAAUAGGCUUGUGCAUAAAGGAAAUUAAGAAAGAAGCGUGUGCUGCUGUGGUAGAAAAGGAGUGUGGCAGUGGAAAUAAGAAUAUAAUGAAAUAAUCAAGUGUGCACUUAAAAACGCGUCUCGUGCCUGCUGCAUUUCACUUCAACUUCUUCUUGCACGAGAUGAAGAUGAUCUUCUUGGUGGAUGGAUUGGAUUCAGUAAAAAUUGUGCCCUGAUCUGACCGUGAACUGUACAAUGCGAUGCGAUGAGAUGCGAUGCGAUACUGGAUUCCUGGAGAAUUGGAUGCAUGAUAGAGUUCAUUUUGUGAAUGAGUCCACUUGAUAGCAUGGGCGUGAGAGGUACACAAAUAGUUGAUAAGAAAUAAUACUUUAGUUACAUACGCACAACGGAGGUGAAAUUGGAACAGAGAUAAAAUUGUGAAAAAAAUGAGACAAAUUCUAAAGAGUGUAGUUUAAUUAAGACAUCUUUCAUGGUCAGGAACUGCAAAUUACGACUUAAUUGAUUUGGAGAUGUUAAAUAGCGUGUAAAGUCACUGCAGAAUGAGUCGUUGGUGGAGAAAGGGAGAGAAAAGUGGUGCCCCUUAUUAAAACUGACAAAUCAGCCAACUAUGAGAAAAUAUGAACUUUCUCUUCGUAAUUAUACCUCUGAUCGUCUCAAUCCCCUCACUUAUUCCUAAUCUCAUCGAGGCCAAGAGAAACAACGGACACGGAAAUAAUAAUGAUCGACCACGACGCCACCAACAUAACGCCAACUCGGGCAAUUCGGAUUUAUCACUGUGGAUUGAUGAACAGUUUAUUAAACGGAUAAGUGGUUUCCCGAUGGAAAUUCAGAUCAUAACGGACGGCAAUGUGCAGCAAUACCUGUUGGAUCCUAAUUUUGAAAACUAUUUACCGGUGAUACCUUCUGAGGUUGGGAUGGUCAACUUGACGUGGCGAGCAGGGGAGAAAAAGUACUUUUAUAAUUUUGACAGACUCCAGUCAUUCAACGAGCAAGUGUUAACCCCACCCAUCUUAUCAAUCGAAACGAGAGGAAAGAUUCCUAGAAAGCCGAAAUCUUUCAGCGUAUUGCUGCCCUGUUCCGGGAAAGAAAGUGGGAUCGCCCUCUUCACGAUCGGCCUCCUUAUCGAAACACGGAAAGGUCACGCCCUUCAAGGAACCCCAUUUAGGUUUAAGCUACGUAAAGAAUGUAUCGUUCGUGAAGGGCCGGAUCAAGAAUGUGAUAAGAAAUGUGCCAAUGGGGGUUGGUGUACGAAGGAGAAAGUUUGCCAGUGUCGACAGGGAUAUCUCGGCCAGUACUGCCAGAGUGCGAUGUGUUACCCGAGGUGCCAGAAUGGGGGGAUUUGUUCUUCUCCUGGGGUGUGUGACUGUCCAAAUGGUUUUCACGGAGAUUAUUGUGAAGGAGGGAUUUGCGGAGAAAAAUGCUUAAAUGGUGGAAAAUGUAUCGGGAAAGAUAAGUGUGACUGUGCUCGUGGGUAUUACGGUCUUCGAUGCGAGUUUAGCAAGUGCAUGAUUCCUUGCCUCAAUGGAGGUCGUUGUCGAGGGGUAAAUAGUUGUCGAUGUCCCUUUGGUUUUUCGGGAGAUCACUGUGAAAUCGAACUAACUACGAGCAACCGGUCCAUCUCGCAACGCCACACGUGUUCUGUCCCUUGUCGACACGGGAUUUGUGUCAGCCCGAAUAAAUGCGAAUGUCAAAGAGGUUGGCGUGGGAAGAAAUGUUCGAGAAGAAUUUACACGGACUAGAGGAAAGUCAAAAGUGAAUCCUUCCCUUCUAACCUAAUCAUUAGUCGAUCUUAUAAUUCCACUUGUGAAAUGUGAUUUCCCUGUACACAAAACAGAACAGCCCACACCAACUAAACUUAUGCCAGCAUAUACAUUUAUUUUGAAGGAUUUGUUGAUUAAUAAAAUGACUUUGAAAUAAAGUGAAAGUUUCACUUCGCCGGUGAAAGCUUAAACCUUUCAUAGUUAAACUUA